CCUGCGACCUCCAAUCGGGACUAUGCGAAGGGGAGUUUGAUGGAUCGGCUCCUGCUGAACCAGCGAGCGCCGUCGACGGCGUGCUUUGAAAGUCUUUUAUUGGAUUCGUUGCUGCUGUUGAAUGAGCGAAGCGCCACGGUGCAGGAUCUUCUGUCGUCGAUGAAAUCCAACCCGUUUAUCAAUUCGAGCAACGACACUAGUUUGCUUUCUGCAAUUGAAAACGUUUUACAUUACUAUCUGUCUGUCAACCCCCACAAGCACUUCUCUAUUAACCUUAACCAGCAAAGCCUCAAGUAUACGUUGUGUAUUUCUGAAUCGAUUGUUUCCUUGAACAAACAAACAAACAAAUUGUAA